AUGGAAUUGCCUUGUUACCACUAUGCUAUUGGUUCCUGCAAUGGAUUGACAUGUUUUAUCAAUUAUGUUGAGAAUAAGUUUUAUUUAUGGAAUCCAUCAACAACCCCAUCCUCUCAAAACCUAACUUCUUUUAGCUUUCCUUUUGAACAUGGAGAAUUAGUUUUCAGGUUCAGAUUCUCAUUUGUUUAUGAUAAUUUUACCAACAAGUAUAAGUUGGUGGCAUUCCUUUAUAAGAAGGUGAGAAUUUUCACUUUCGGAGACAAUGUUUGGAAGAAUAUUGAGUCUUUUUCGGUCUAUCCCUAUCAUUCCAAUGAUAACGAGGGUGUCUAUUUGAAUAAUAGUCUUAAUUGGUUUGUUUUUCUCAAUUACAAACCUUUUUAUAACAAGGAGGAUCUUAAGGUUGAGCAACUCAUGAUUAUCUCACUUGAUUUGGCAACGGAGACAUAUACACAGUUUCAGCUCCCUCGAGAGUUUGAUGAAUUCCCGUCUCUUGAACCAAUUCUUUGCAAGUUGAUGGACAGUCUAUGUUUGUCUCAUUAUACCAAGAAACAUAGUUUUGUUAUAUGGCAGAUGACGGAAUUUGGAGUUGAAAAGUCUUGGACUAAAUUCCUUAAAUUCGAUUAUCAUUCUCUACUUGGUUGCUCUAUAUUUGUUGUUUCUUUGUUGCCAUUACAUAUGUUCGAGAAUGGGGAUGUUCUGAUAUGGGAGAGAAAUGUUGGACAACUAAUUCGCUAUAAUAGGAGAGAUAACAGAGUAGUAAAGAAAACUACCUAUACUAAUAAUAACAUAUAUUUGUCCUAUGCAGUUCUUUAUGUUGAAAGUUUAGUUUCAAAUUUUUAAAAGUAAGU